AUACUGACGCGAGCAAAAGCAGCAGCUAGAGAGCACUGUAUCUAGUGCUCCAGCGGCAGAGUCAACAUGGCGGCGCUCACGAGACAUGCUUUCCUCAGCGGCGCACUCGCGAGGUAUUCGCCGAUACUCUCGCGGCCUACGAAUCUCCUGGUCGUGCCGGCGAGAGGGACGAAGGUGAAAAAGCCACCGCAGAAGCCAAAGAAGAAGGCCACUUUCGACGCCUUCUUUACGUCUAUCGAGUCCAAGGGCUUCCUGCGGCCAUACAAACCCUACAACCCAGCUAAGGACGCGUCCCAACGUUUGGAUAGCGUUUGCCAGUCAGUGGGUGUGAGCAGCAAUGACGAGACACGUAUCGACGAUCUGCUCGUCAGGUUCAAAUUAUUUGCCAAGUGCGUCGAAGAAUUUGAACAUAGCAUUCCAAACUCCAAACUGAUCACGAUUCAGACGAUAGGUGAUUUGAGGGAAUUUUAUCGAACUCCCGUGAUAACCACGACGCCGUACGAAGCUCUACAGAACAUCGAGUUACCACCGAAUUUGUACAUCCAACCAGAAGCCAAUCGUUUCCACCCGGAUACCGACAAAAUGUUCAACGGCAAAACGGCCUUCCCACAAAGCGCCACCUUAGUCACGGGCUUGAAGUACAAAGACAAAUAUCCUGGUCACCGACCUGAGAAGCCUUGGCCCAUCAAAGUUCACAGUGUAUUUGAUCAUUAAUUUAAGUUAAAAAAAAAAAAAAAAAUUAAAAAAUCUAGAAAGUUGAUUAAUUUUGUAUAAUGUUAACGUUACGUUUAAUAAAUAGAUUCAGCACCGAACGCGAUAAGGUGUUUGUUAAGACAUGAA